AUGAAUUCUUUUUGGGCCAGAGUUAUAUCGACAGCUCUGCCUGUCAUCUUUCUACUUGCUGUUGGCUUCAAAACACUCUUCCCCGGAAACGAUCCCUACCGCUGUCGUGCUAUCCAAAGCACUGGACGUUGGAUCGAUCCACCCGAUGAAGCAGGGAAUAGAAACCCUUUUCUUCAAUGGCAGCCCAACGGAUGCAUCAUGAGCAAGUAUGAGUCCGAUGAUAUCCGCCGCUGUAUGGAAGGUCGUCGAAUCGUUGUUGUCGGAGACUCGACAUCUAGAAAUGUUGCACAUGCAUUUUCUCGUCUUAUCGAUGCGAAGCGCUCUCAACACGAUCGAGGGUUGGACAGGAUGCCUAAAAACGGGUACUUCAACAUGACAUACUACGGCCAAAUGGUCCAGCGCUUACCCAACAUCUGGCUUUUACCGAAAGAAACAGCUGGUCAAGAAGACUAUGCACACAACAUGGAGCUUUACGCAAAAGAAAAACAAGUCACUCCACCCAUCGAGGAUCAAGAAGGACCUGCAUUAAUCUAUGUCGCUGGUGGUGCCUGGUUCGGUAUAAUGAACGCGACAGGCAAAGCCGACAUCUCAACAAUAGCUAAACAAAAACUGACAACUACCAAUUACGGUCGCUUUACGACGAAAAUGUAUAAUCUUCCUUGGGAUCGUCGCUUCAGUACAUACAAGGAGUACAUGUCCAUAAUCGCCGACUUUGUCAAGGACAACACACCAGACAUUGAUCCCUUCACUGCCCCGAUGGACCCAAUCGAUGGAUUGGGCAACCAGAUCUUUUAUGCUCCCCCUGCAGGACCCGUGUAUCAAGGCGAUGACCCCGUGCGCAUCGUCGACUCUACUCGUAGAGCAGGCGAAACCAUCGAGAUGCGAGACUGGCUGAGUGAAGUCGAACCGACUUGGAAACUUCCACUUGUUUGGUCCAUACCAAUGCUCACGUAUGGCCAGAACAAGACUUGGAUGGAUCCUAAUACAUCAGGUGUACACGUCAAGCAUGGCGUCGCAGACACCCGGGCCAAUAUUCUCUUGAACUUGAGGUGCAAUGCGAAACUCGAUCGUAUGAAGUCUUAUCCGUACAAUCGCACGUGCUGCACCGAUUAUGGUAUAAAACCAAUUACUCAACUCGGUAUCGUUGCUUUUGGUAUUGUUUACGUGGUUGCUUGUCUUAUUGGUGAGAUCUUGGAUUUGUACCAUGAUCGAAGCGAGCCAAAAUGGAGACUUUUCAAUAUGAAAGUAGGAUCAUUUAUCCUGGCCCUCCUCAUGUGUUACUACGCGGACCGGACACAGAUGAUGGCCAAGGGUCAAAAACUCUGGCAGCCACUUGACUUUGCCCUUCUCUACGCUCCUUGUGUCGCCAUUCUCCUACUAUCUAUCCGUCGAUCGGGAUCUCCCAUCUCAAUGGACAUGCCUUUAUCCGUCAAGGAACUAGACGAGGCAUUUCUUUCGCGACAUCAAACAGACGAGUGGAAGGGUUGGAUGCAAGCCCUCAUUCUUAUUUGCAACUGGACUGGGGCGACUCGAGAAUCCAAGUCUAUCUACAUCUUGGUCCGACUCUGCGUCGCAGCAUAUCUUUUCCAGACUGGAUAUGGACACACGUUGUACUUUCUGAGAAAAAACGACUUUUCAUUUCGUCGUGUUGGGGCCGUUCUACUGAGAUUAAAUCUUCUCAGUUGUUCUCUGGCGUAUAUCAUGGACACAGAUUACAUGUUUUACUAUUUCUCGCCUCUUGUUUCGUUCUGGUUCCUUGUUGUCUACGCAACGAUGUCAGUUGGCGGAGAGCGUUGCAACAGCGACCCGCAGCUCGUGGUAUCUAAAAUCUUCCUUUCGGGCUUGGUGGUAUCUGCAGUUUUUAUGGGAACGCCAUUCACUGAAUUUGUCUUUGGUCUUCUGAAAGCCAUCUUCAAUAUCCAAUGGAGUCAUAAGGAAUGGCAGUAUCGCGUUACGCUGGAUAUCCUUAUCGUCUACGUCGGCAUGUUGACCGCUGUGGCUACCAACAAGAUGGAGAGGAGUGCCGUUCGUCUUGGUUUUCGGAUUGUCCUUGUUGUCGCUGGCGUGCUAGCUACAACGUAUUACUUCUACACAACUUUACACCUACGAAAAAAGAUGUACAAGAUUUGGCAUCCUCUGGUCUCUUUCAUUCCGAUACUGAUAUUUAUUGGGAUCCGGAAUAUUUCCACUCCUAUCCGGAACUGUCACUCAAAAGCGAUGGCCUGGUUGGGCAGGUGUUCUCUCGAAACGUAUAUCUUGCAAUAUCACCUGUUGAUGGCAGCUGAUACGGAGGGUGUUUUGAUCAUCGAUGGCUUCUUUGGAGAUGGCACAGUGUUGGCAGAUCGAUGGAGGACGCUGGUAAUCAUCGUACCAUUGUUUCUCUGGAUCAGUAAUUCUGUGGCCAAGUCGACAGUCUAUCUCGUUGAUUUGAUCAUGGGUAGUGCAAGUGAGGGAGAAAAGCUAUCUACAGCUUCUUUUGCGUGGUUGGACAAUGUCCCUGGACAUGAAAGGAUCACGGCGCCGAAAGUUCGUGUCGUCUGUAUUUUACUGGCAAUGUGGAUUCUGAACUUGUUUACACCUGGACAUGAAGAGGUUUUAGCCCCAAGUGGUGGCCAUCGUGUCACAUCAGCACCGCUACCACCGUGGUAA